AUGGUUGUCGUCCAUCGGCUGCCCUCUUUGCCCACCGACGAGCCCAGGGCGCAUCACAUCGGCAAUCCUCCCAGUGGCUUCAGGAAUCCAUGGCCAUCGUUCGAUGAGGCUCAUGGCGGAGUACUGGACAUCCUCAAGGUUCGAUUUGCGCGGCACCGACCUGCGUUCGUCCCCGUCCCAGAGCGGUCGGAACUGGUGCCGGUGCGGAAGAUAGAUUUUGCCCAGUUGAAGGGCAAGGGCGGGCCUGCGCCUGGAUUGAAAGUGACGUGGUUCGGCCAUGCCAGUUUCCUCGUGCAAACAGCCACUGCCAGUGCGGACGAAGUUGAAGAGGGAGCGCGCCGGCGAGGCGUCAAUAUUCUGUGUGACCCCGUCUUUUCCGACCGCACGUCGCCCGUGCAUUGGGCCGGACCGAAACGGUACACCCCGACUCCUUGUUCUCUAGACGAACUAUUGGAGUCGGUGGAAAUUGAUCUGGUCUUGAUCAGUCACAAUCACUACGACCACGCCGACGCGCACACGCUGACGGCGAUCUGGGCCAGACGGAAACCGCAUGUCCAUUUUCUGGCCGGAUUGCAUAACGCUCGCUGGUUGAUUUCGGCUUGUGGCAUUGACCCGUCGUGUAUUACGGAGCUCGACUGGUGGGAUAGAGUCGAGGUCGAGGUCGAGGCUGAGGCUGAGGCUGUAGGAGCUGAAGCUCAUGCUGGAAACGAAGCAGGAACUACAACACCAACACCAGCAAAGGUCCAAAUUACAUGUACGCCGACGCAGCACUUCUCCUCCCGAAGCAUCUUUGACCGCAACCACGAUCUAUGGUGUUCCUAUGCCAUCCAGGACCGCGACCACGAGCGUGGUGGAAGCGAAGGUGUACCGGGCAAGAAAGUGUAUUUUGCAGGAGACACGGCCUACCGCAGCAUCCCUUCUGCAGGCCUAUCGCACGAAGAAGAAGACGAGCGGCCGACAUGUCCUGCAUUCAAGCAGAUCGGCGAGCGGCUCGGGCCCUUCGACCUGGCACUGUUGCCCAUCGGGCUCUGUGAACCGCGGCAGUUCAUGUCCAACGUGCACGCCAACUCCUGGGACUCGAUCCGCAUCCACCACGACAUCCGCAGCAAGAAGUCCAUCGGCAUGCAUUGGGGCACGGUGCGAGGAGGGUUGUCGGCGCAAUAUGAGGACGUGCGCACCCCGCCGCGCCAUUGGAGGCAGGCUGCUGAAGAGGCGGGUUUGUCAUGGGGCGAGGAGAUUGGGUUGAUGGACGUUGGUCAGACGUUGGUUUUGGCUUGA